ACAGAUGCAACAGUAGCUGUCAGGAUGGCUGAGAUCUUUGUUAGCGUGUUUAUCUGCGCUGCGACUUCGCUCUUGCUCCUAUAACUCUCUAUAUGGGCAACCCUAAGCCUCCCUGCGCCAGCUUUCGCAACAAACUCUGUACAAUUUGGGGAUCCAGUGAAAGCUCCUGACAGCUGCGCUCCGUGCCCAGGGGAGGAUGGGCAGACGUGAGUCGCACAGCAGAGGCGCGAUGAACUCCAGCCACCUCUCCGUGCUCGGCUGCCUGCAGGACUCGGCGUCCAGCGGCCACCACCACCACCACCAGCACCACCUCGGCGAGCAGCUCCGUGGGACGGACAGCGGUCACCCAUGCGGCGCAGACAGGAGGCAAAGGAAGGCGGACCUGGCCGCGGCGGCAGCGCCGGUGGAAGUGAAGAAGCACCAGCAUAAACACAACCUGAAGCACCGCUAUGAGGUGAUGGAGACGCUGGGAAAAGGCACCUACGGCAAAGUCAAAAAAGCGGUGGAGAGAGCCAGCAUGAGAACAGUGGCAAUCAAGUCGAUCCGAAAAGAACGCAUCACCGACAAUCUGGACCGGAUUCACAUCCAGAGAGAGAUUGAGAUCACCUCCUCACUCCGACACUCCAACAUCAUACGCUUCCAUGAGGUUUUCGAGAGCCGGGAUAAGAUUGUGAUAGUGAUGGAGUACGCCAGCAGAGGGGAGCUGUACGACUACAUACAGGAGAGGAAGCGACUGCCGGAAACAGAAGCCAGAAGCAUCUUCAGGCAGAUUGCUUCAGCCGUCCACUACUGCCACAAGAAUGGUGUCGUGCAUCGAGACCUCAAGCUGGAGAACAUCCUUUUAGAUCAAGAUUUAAAUGUAAAGCUUGCCGAUUUUGGCCUUUCCAAUAAUUUCCAGACGGGCUCCCUGCUGCAGACCUACUGUGGAAGUCCUCUCUAUGCUGCUCCAGAGAUAGUCAAGGGGCUGCCGUACACCGGACCAGAGGUGGACUGCUGGGCUCUCGGGGUACUGUUGUAUGCUUUAGUUUACAGCAGUAUGCCUUUUGAUGGGGCAAAUCACAAAAAACUGACUGAGCAGAUCAGCCAAGGCCACUACUGCAGACCCAACCCGCCUUCAGACGCCUGUGCCCUCAUUGACUGGCUGCUGACGGUACGUGCAGAUGAGAGGGCCACGAUCGAGGAUGUAGCCCACCACUGGUGGGUAAACUGGGGCUACGAUGAGAGUGUAUGCGACUGCCCCACAUCUCCGCACCAAGAAUGCCCUUCCCCCUUGCUGGCCCGCUACAUCGACUGGCAGAAUCAGGUCGGCAAAGCUGGCGAAAUGACAUCUGACCCUGGAAGCAGGACUUUGGACUCCUCCUGUCGUCCUCAGCUAACAUCAAACUCAUUUUACUUCAGUUUACCUUUUAAAAAUGACUGUGGAGGAGGAGCAAGGGUCCGUGAAGGAGCUUCUAACCUCAGAAAGUCACGCAAGGAGAAUGCAAUUCCACAGACCGCCAUGGGAGCCUGCACUGAUAUUGGUUCAGCAGCUGUGUCUCCUGCUCCAAUGGCCACUUCCACCCCAGAAAGAAGAAAACCCAAAGGCAUUCUGAAGCAUCAGAGGAGUUUAGAUUCAGUUUUUCACAACUCUCCAAAAGAAAACUCUUCCUCCCAAAUGUGCAAUACUCUCCCUCACCCUCAUCGGACACAAACACUUGUUCACACGCGUGCAGAUGUCUUGUCUAAAACCCUUCCUCACCCACCUACGUUCAGUCAGCCUUCUUCUAAGAUGCCAAAGAAAGGAAUACUAAAGAGUCGGGGCUCGGGUUAUAACUUGGCCCCUGAUCGAAAUUGUUCUGGAGAAAGAGUACAAGAGAGCGAUGCAGAUCAGUCAGGUUCCCACAAGACUUUCCCGGCUGCAGAAGAGAGUCCCAACAUGCGAACAGAGGCAGUAAGGAGACGGAAAGGUAUUCUGAAACGUAACGGCAAGUUCUCUCGCAGUCUGGAUCUUCCUGACAAUCCCAAUUCAUCUGACUGUUUGGCACCUGCAGUGUUCCCCGAGGCCCUCCAGCAGCUCUUGCCGUCCUCAGGGGAUGCCGAGGGCCGACGCAGCCGUCCCUCCAGUGUGAUCAGCGAGGACAGCCUCUUCUCCUCUGAUUCCUUUGAUCUGCUGGACCUCAGUGCUCAGUCACAACCAGGGAUUUUCUCCCAGGGGCGGCGGCACAGUGGCGGCGGCUCUGAGGAGAACGAGGCGGACGAGGUUAAAGGAAACAAAAAAGGACAGAAAUAAUAAAUUAAUGGAUCUGUGAUACUGUGAUAACCAGUACCUGUUGUGUUGAAAAGAGUGAAGGAUCCUGAUCUCUGGAACACUGCAAUUGCUGACAUUAACUGGGAAUGUGAAGCACCAUUUGUGAUCGUAUUUGCACCUACAAGCACAUGACCAAGGGGGUCCACCAGCCACCUCUGAGAUCAAAUCUGCUCACUUUGAUAUCGUCUGCACAGUGAAACAUCACCUACUGUACGCAAUGCAUGUGAACUAGAAAUGUGAGGACCAACAAAUGUUAGUUUUUAAAAGUUUUCCAAAACUUUUAAAACUUUUUUUUGAGUUAUCUUUAAGUGCACAGUUCAGAUAUUUGUUUACAGUGAUAACCCUUUGCGAUGUCCACAACUCAACGUAUUUACACGACAGUAUUUGCAAUUGAUCUAAUUAGCUUUUUUUUUUAAUUUCAGAUGCAAAUAUUAACUAAACUGACUUGUGUAUAAUAUUUAUGAACAAAAUUGGUUUUUACUUUAUGAGCCUUAUAUGAAAUUAAUUGAUUCUGGCAUAUUAGGAUAUUUUAUUACGCAGAUUUAAGGCCCCUUUGUUGUUAUGGUGGAAACCUUUGCCUUAUUACAGCCAGGUUUUCAUCUAAUGUUUCUUCUUGUGCAAUUCUGCUCAUGAGAUAUGUUUUGACGGGAAGGAUUAGAGAUUAAUUUGUGACAGGAGCCAGGUGUUCAGCUACUCUGAAGUGCAUUAAGGGCAAUUUAUAUUUUAUUUUGUGUUGCAAUACUAAAUAAGAAGAUGAAUUAAGCAGUAAAAGUAGUUCUGCUUCCUUUAACACCUGUAUUUAUUCCUCACAGUGUUGACUGUGUGCAAUUUGCUCAUUUGUACCUGAACAGAUUAAUGAGUUGCAGAUUGUUUUUUUUGUUUUGUUUUGUUUUGUUUUUAUUUUUGCUGUAACCACACUUGUGCUGCUGUGGACGUUUAAGGUGAUCUGUGCAAAAAGAUGUGCUUUAUAAAAAAAAAUAAGGAUAUUCCUUGUGUUGACCUAUUUUAUACUUGUUCUGCAACAGUUAAUAAAUUAUUUGAAUCAA